GCAUCGCACGGGCGUCUUGUUCCUUUCUUAUCUAAACCUAAGCCUGUCUUGUUAUCUUCCUCUUCUCUCAUCUGAGUUGUGCCGCAGCUUCCUCGCAAAUCUCGCUGGCAUCGCCCUUCUAUGGCUGUGUCCGAAGCCGGUAACCCAUUUCUCCUCCUGCCUACUUUCUUUUCUCUUUGCGACUGCUGUCUGCUGCGCCUUCUUUGAUCUGUGUUGCCCGACGUCGUCUCCUGCAGUGUUCUUAUAUUCUCGUCGAAUCAAGUUGCGGUAGUCAGUUGGGAUUUGGGAAUCCUGAAGAUCCAAGCAUUUUCCACCCCAGAAUUAAUUUUUUGCAGCAAAACCCAUUGAGCUAAGUUGGGAAUUCGAAAUAACUUAAAACCGGAAGCCAAACUGAAUUGCCCGUGGAUUUCUAAUCAUGUCUUGGUGCACUAUUGAGUCUGAUCCCGGUGUGUUUACGGAACUUAUACAACAAAUGCAAGUGAAGGGUGUGCAGGUUGAGGAGCUGUAUUCUUUGGACCUUGAUUCUCUUGACAGCCUUAGGCCUAUAUAUGGGUUGGUUUUCCUUUUCAAAUGGCACCCAGGGGAAAAAGAUGAACGUCCUGUGAUAAAGGAUUCAAACUCCAACCUUUUUUUUGCCAGUCAGGUCAUUAACAAUGCUUGUGCAACCCAAGCAAUUCUAUCCAUCCUAAUGAACUGUCCAGACAUUGAUAUUGGCCCAGAAUUGUCAAAGUUGAAAGAAUUCACAAGGAAUUUUCCACCUGAACUCAAAGGUUUGGCCAUCAACAACAGUGAAGUUAUUCGUGCGGCUCAUAACAGUUUUGCAAGACCUGAGCCCUUCGUUCCUGAGGAGCAGAAGGCUGCUGGAAAAGAUGAUGAUGUGUACCAUUUUAUAAGUUAUUUGCCUGUUGAUGGAUUUCUUUAUGAGCUUGAUGGCUUGAAAGAAGGUCCCAUUAGCCUUGGCCAGUGCACUGGUGGGCACAAUGAUAUGGACUGGUUGCGUAUGGUGCAACCAGUGAUCCAAGAACGCAUAGAGAGGUAUUCCAAAAGUGAAAUAAGAUUCAAUCUCAUGGCAAUAAUUAAGAACAGGAGAGAAAUAUAUACUGCUGAACUCAAGGAGCUGCAAAGGAGGAGGGAGCGUAUUUUGCAGCAGCUGGGUGCAUUACAGUCGGACAGGCUAGUGGAUAGUAGCAACCAUGAAGCAUUGAACAAAUCACUAUCUGAGGUAAAUACUGGGAUUGAGACUGCAACUGAGAAGAUUUUGAUGGAGGAGGAAAAGUUCAAGAAGUGGAGGACGGAAAAUAUUCGGAGGAAGCACAAUUAUAUACCCUUUUUGUUCAACUUCCUGAAGAUUCUUGCCGAAAAGAAGCAGCUGAAGCCCCUUAUCGAGAAGGCCAAGCAAAAAACAUGAAGGAGAUUGCUGGUUAGCUUAUGAUGUCUUUUCUGGUGUCAUGUACUGUUCCAGGAUAUUUGUAUUGUUAUAAUUUAUUCGUAGAGGACUUUUUUAGCAUAUUUUUGGCAUGUUACUUAAAUCACUAGUUGAUUGUCUCUAGAUCACUAUUCUCUAUCCCCCUAGGUUUUUUGAAACAACUCCUUGCUUGUAGAGCCUUUGGUUGUUCAAGCAUCUCACUCUGAAACUUUUAAGACUACAUAAAAUGAUCAAGAGUACAUGGAUAACCAUUA